AGGCCAGCGCGCGGCCCGCAGGGCGGGGGCGCCCCGGGGCCGGCCGCCAUGGGCGCGAGCGCGGAGGAGUACAACGGCGCGCCUCUGCCGAAGGUUGCGGCCAACUAUGCGGCUCUGACUCCGAACCAGUUCCUCGAGCGGGCGGCGACUGUAUUUCCUGACCGCCUGGCCGUCAUCCACGGUGCCCGCCGGCUCUCGUGGAGCCAGCUGUACGCGAGGUCGAGGCGCCUCGCCUCCGCCCUGCGUCGCGAGGGCAUCGGGCGCGGGGAUGUCGUGACAGCGAUCCUGAGCAACACACCGGAGCACCUGGAAUGCCUGCACGGCGUGCCCAUGUCUGGGGCUGUGCUGAAUCCG